AUGAACACGUUUGAAAUGUUCUUUCCAGGACACACAAACGCGCUUCCCGUGAUUCAUUUCGUCGGUGACACGGUAUCGGAAAAAAUAAAUACUCCAAAAAUGAUCAAAAAUCUUGAGGUUCACCUAUCUUGUCACAACCCAUCCGGGUCGGCCCAUGAGGCGACUUGGGACCGUUCCGGAGGUCUUCCAAACGGACAUCAUGUUGAUCACGGAGUACUGGUCCUUCCGGCCGUCCAUAAACAGGAUGAAGGAGUGUUCGUUUUUUUUUUUUGAACAUGGCUUUUUUUCAGAAAAAUGCCUUGAAAAGCACUAACUUUAGUUUUCCAGAAUCUUAACAUUUGUUUGAUAAAUUCAAACUUUUUCUUGCCCAAAAAUUGUCUCGCUUCGGUUUGAGAAGCGUGAAUAAUUCUAGUACACAGCAAAAUAGCGAGGUUUUUUUUUUCCGGAAAAGGGGCAAUUUAUACCGAAAAAAAAAUUAAACACGUUGAAAACACUACAAUAAAGAUCUUUUCAGCUUCAGGAUUUGAUUUUUUUUUUCAAUUAAAAAAAAAGUGAGGAACUCAAAACUGUUGAAAAUUUGAUAGAAAAAAAUUUGGUUGCGCGCGAUUAGGGGCGGAGCUUGAUUUAACACUCUUAAACUGAACAUACUAUAUGAAAAUUAUUUUGACGAAAUUCGUUAAAAAAAAAUCAAUUAUUUAGAUACAACUGUGUCGUCGCCGGCGAAGAAAAGCAGCAACACAUUUCGGAAGUCGACUUGCAAGUUGACGGUAACCGACUGUAUGGAAAGGAGAAAUAUGUUUUCUUCAAGAUUUCGUCCCCGACUUCCAUGGCGUAGAACCCAUCGAAUUCGCCCCUUUGACUGAUGAUCAACUACGCCAACUUGACGUCGUCGUCACCUUGAACACGACGGCCGACCAGGGUAACAACUUGUUGAUUCGACUGAGGCUAUUUCCAGUUUUUGGCUUUCAUAAUAGUUAUCUAAGGGUUCAGAAUUUUCUAGUGAAAUCACUUCGUUUUAACUAAAUCAGAUCCAUACAAGCUCUGACUCGAAAAAAUAACAUAUAACUUAUGCACCACGACUUGGAAUUUCACCAAACGACAUUCCGCUGUGCCGCUGCGCGCCUUUGCGAACCUUGGUCGCGCUUUUAAUUUUUUUUUUUCUUUUAAUAAAGUACUCUACUUUCCUGUGCUCCCGCAGCAAUAACAAUCAGUUGAAAGCGUGACCUAGAUUCGAAAGACGCUUCGCGAACGCGCGCAGCGGAACAGCGGAAUGUCGUUCCGUGAAGUUUCAAGUCGUGGCACACAGGCUAUAAAACAAUUUAAAAGUGGGGCUCUUAAGGAAUUUUGACGAUUAUUCAGUUAUUCAGGUAUACUGUUCUCCACGCAAAGGGAGAACGAAAACGGCCAGCCGAUCGUCCUUCACGAGGCACGGAUCCGCGAAGGCGUCGUCCGCUACGAGUACGACGUCGGCUACGGGCGAGGUAAGCAUUUAUUGGGCCGUUGA